UAUCUAUUUUGCUCUUGUUAUCAGUAUAUAUUGCAUCUUUUAGAUGUGUAUAUUUUAUAUUAAUGCCUAAAAAUGCGUAACCUUUAUUCUAUUAACAUUCCAUUUACAAAUUAAAGCUUUAAAGUUAUAGGGUAAAAUUAGGAGAUUAUCCCCGAAGUUCGGUACUUUCCAGAAACUUUGGACAUCGAGGAGAUAGGUUUGCACUCUCAUUUAUCAGUGUCGUUUAAACACACCUGCUGCACACACCCAUCAUGGAGGAUUGGGAUCUCGGAAACUCGUUGGGUAACUCAGAUCUUCCCCAUGAGUAUAUUUACGACCACGAUGAUCGAUAUGAGCCGGCCAGUAAGACAAAAGUUACAAAACAUUCGCCCUUCAAAGGCGGAAGGUUUUGAUGCCAGAAGUAAGACUAAACAACGCAAAAGUUCGGGAUGCAUUCCCCCGUAUCCGCAUUCUUCUCGCCUAAAAAACGGCUCUCGUGUUUAUGAAUAUAUUAAGCCAAGAGAACAAGACUGCCGAGCGAAGUUAUGGAGAGAGGCUUACGAGAUUCUCCAGCCGGAGCAUAAGAAGCCAGCCAUUGCCAAGGAGCUGAAGGGCAAGGAGGGUGUAAAAACACUGAUACAUCCGUGUUUGCAUAAGGUCAAAGGUCACAUCGAGCCGGAAACAAAUAACAACUGCCCGCAGUGUUGGAGGGCAAUCCUUUCUGUCAAAGUUUUCAAGGACACAGCAGGCUAAUGCAUAGAAAAUGCAAACUGUGUAUAUAAACAUAAAAUAUAUACAUACAUAUGUAUGGAAAAGUG